ACCAGUAUCUCCUCAAUAUCAAUUGACAUCUCAACCUGUAGCAUAUAAAUUUCAACAAAGUCCAAUUAUUAUUCCUGUUAAUGAUGGCGUAGAUACUAUAAUAACUGUUCUUUUCCCAAAUACUUCAAGACGAUCACGAUCAUCGACUCCAACCCUAUUACAAUCAUCGACUCCAACACUACCAGAAAAUUUUUAUUUUGAGGAUAUUAAUGACUGGUCAUAUUCGCUGCCACGUCCAAUUGAGCCAAGUGAUGAUUACGAAGCAGAAAUACUCAAGGAAGGAUUAAACCUCCCCUCGGCUUAUUUUGAAAAUGUUUCUAAGAAUAAUGAGUUUCAAGAAAUUUAUGCGGAAAGUGAAAAUUCAUCAGAUUUAUUUUUAGAACAACUUACUAAUUUUGAUAUUGAAGAGUUAACACUAGAAUCGAACGAAAGAGAAAAUAUAACUAGAAAUGAAAUUACAAAUCAAUGGACUUUAGAUAAAAUUUUAAGCAAAAAUAAU